AUGUCUCUCAUGCUUUCGGACAACCUGGCUCCUCAGCCCAUGACUGAUGUCUUCACCGAUGACACCAACAUUGACCGUCGCAAGUGCCACCGCACUGUGCCCAUGAAGGUGCUGGCUCUGGGUGUUGGCCGCACUGGUACUGCCUCUCUUCGCAAGGCUCUUGAGCGUCUGGGCUACGGAAAGUGCUACCACAUGAUGUGUGCUAGUGUUGAGAACCCGCCUGAUUGUCUUAUGUGGCACGAUGCCCUGAACGCUAAGUACAAGGGUAUUGGCGAGUUCGGCCGUAAGGAAUGGGAUCAGCUUCUGGGUGACUGCCAGGCUGUUUGCGACUGGCCCGCCUGUGCUUUCGCCAAGGAGUUGAUCGAGGCCUACCCCAAUGCUAAGGUCAUUCUGACCACCCGUGAUGUUGACCCAUGGCACGCGUCCGUUAUGAAGACCGUCUUCUGGCGUGUCAGUGACCCCGAGCACAAGUUCGUUUCCAACUUCAGCUGGGCCGCUGGCAUGUACUACCCCAUGCUUAACAAGUUCUUCGAGACCUUCUUCCGUGGUGACUUCCCUACUCAUGGUAAGGAGGUCUACAAUGACCACGUUGCUGAGGUCCGCAGCAUGGUUCCCGCCGAUCGCCUUCUGGAGUACAACAUCAACGACGGCUGGGGUCCCCUGUGCGAGUUCCUUGAGGAGGAGGUUCCCGACACCGCUUUCCCCCGCGGUAACGACAUGGCCGACUUCUACAAGCGCUGCAGCACCCGUAACCGCCACCAGAUAAUGAACGCUGCUCUGCAAGCUGUCACUGUUGGUGGUACUCUCCUGGCUACUGGCUUUGCUGCCACCAUGGCCUGGAAGCGCUUCGUUCGCUAA